AUGACCGAAGCAAAGGCAGAGCGGGUACAUGAGAUUACGGACUCUUCCUCUGAUGCUCUCAACGCGACUGUUGCCGCCGACAUCACCAAUGCCCCGCCCGCAUCCUCCCAACAUCAUUCCUUGAAGUAUCAUCUGCUAGGCCCUUCGCUCACCAAGUCUGGCCAGGAUGGCGUCGACCAGAAAAGGGUCUCCGAGAUCAUAUACAAUGCUUCGAAGGGUUCGAAGUACUUCACGAAUGAGGAGGCCAAGGACAAGAAUCUCACAGUCAAGAUCAACCGUAUCCUGGCCAAGAAGCGUGAGCUAGAGCGCAUAGAGGCUCAAGGCGGUCUCAAGAAUGACAUGAAGAAGGCGGACGACUACAUUACGCAGCUAGAAUCCAGUCGCGACCUCAGCCAGUACAUCAUACACUGCGAUUGCGACGCCUUCUACGCAGCGGUGGAAGAGCUUGACCGGCCUGAGCUCAAGGAGCUGCCUUUUGCCGUAGGAAUGGGCGUUCUGACGACAUGCAACUACAUCGCACGAAGAUUCGGUUGUAGAUCGGGAAUGGCUGGAUUUGUUGCGGAUAAGCUAUGUCCAGACCUCAUCCAUCUACCUCUUAACUUCGAUAAAUACACCGCCAAAGCCAAGGAAGUUCGCGCUGUGCUCGCUCAAUAUGAUCCUCGAUUUGAAAGCAGCUCCAUCGACGAGGCCUAUCUCAAUAUAACUCAAUACUGUCUGGAUCAUGGUAUGAGCCCGGAAGAUGCAGUGAGUCAGAUGCGCGAACAGGUGUUCCGCGAGACCAAAAUUACAAUAUCCGCGGGCAUUGCAGCAAAUGCGAAGCUAGCAAAGAUUUGCAGCAAUAAGAACAAGCCGAAUGGCCAGUUCAGAUUGCCGUCCCAGAGAUCGACCAUCUUGCAAUUCAUGCGGGAUUUGCCUACCCGUAAAGUCAAUGGCAUUGGUCGGGUGCUCGAGCGCGAGCUUGAUGCGAUUGGCGUCAAAACUUGCGGUGAUAUCUAUCCCCAGCGUCACUACUUAAAUCGUCUUUUCGGGGACAAGGCUUUCGAGUUCCUCAUGGGCGUAUAUCUUGGCCUAGGCCGCACUGACGUUCGACCGGCAGAGGAGUUCGAGCGCAAGAGCGUAGGUACGGAGAGUACGUUUCAUGACAUGUCUGAUCCCAAGGAACUUCGAGACAAACUGCGCCGGACCGCUGAAGAGCUGGAGAAGGACUUACAGAGGACCGAAUUCAAGGGACGCUGCCUGUGCCUCAAGAUUAAGUUGCACACGUACGAGGUUUACACGCGACAGGUGCAGCCCCCUAAAGCUGUCGGUGCCGCACAAGACCUGUACCACUUCGGUUUAGGCAUGUUGCAAAAGCUGGAGAAAGAGAUUCCUGGCAUGAAACUUAGGCUGAUGGGAUUACGGUGCACACAUCUCGUGUCAACGAAGAAGGGUGAUGUGGAUUUCUUCGGCCGAGCACGCCCACGUUCCCAGUCUCAACCCGUCGCAUCAAACAGAGGCGACGAUAAUCCCGCACAAGUUGAAUUGGAUGAAGAAGGUUGGCAGAAAUGGCCCGAUGCCGAGUUUGAGGAUGCCGCUCGGCAAGAAAGGGAAGAUGAAAUGGCAGAGCUGGAACAUCUUUCACAAGAAUACUCCGAAAAGCAGAAGCCAUCGAAUGAUAUCACAUACGAUCCUGAUGGCGAACCACAGGAUUACCGCAGAUACGGCAAUGGGUUUGCUUGGCGCUCGGUCCUUGAAGAAGAAGCGCGCAUAGCGGAACAGACGAGCCCGCCGCGCAAGCCUCCCGAACAGUGGAAUUGUCCCAUCUGCUCAGUACCUCAGCCGGCAGACGAGAAGUGUUUCAACGAGCAUAUUGACGGCUGUCUAUCGAGGCAGACAAUCAAGGAAAUCGUAAAGGAACCAACUCCAGCACAAAUGAUGCCACAAGGUCAGGCACACUCCAGCACCUCGAAGCGGAAACGAAGUAGGCCACGGGAUGACGGCGAAAAGCGACUCAAGAAAUCUUUCUUCACAUGA